AUGCUUUCCCGCGGUCGCUCAAAGGAGCGGUCCUCCGCCAGGAAGGUGACACCGCCCUCGCCUUCAUACAUGACUAGCGACCAGUUCGCGGCAUACCUUGCCAGCCUGCGCGAUUCUCGCCAGGCCAGGCCCGCCGGUGCCCGCCCGCCGCCCUCUUCAACUUCACUUCCGCGCCACGAAUCCGAGCGCCCAGCUCCUAGCCGACCAUCUAUCGGUGCUGCUUCAAUUGCCUCGCAGAAAUCGCUGCCCAUUCUACCAAAGACAAUGCCUGCCGAGCCCAGAGUUCCCUCCGGCCGGCCUAGCCUAUCUGGGUCCAUGGCCUCGCGCUAUUCGGCCAUGUCGACCUCUACGCGCGACUACUACCCCGACAAAUCUGUCGCCCCUCUCAAACCAGGCCAAGUGGUUCCGAGUGCCACAUACAUCGAGCGCGGCCAGCGGUGGAUGGAGAAGGAGGAAGCCGUCUCUCUGCGCCAAGCCAUGGUCGACAUGGACCUGAAGGACCAGAAGCCCUCAGAAGAUGCCACGGACGAGACUCGGCUUUAUACUGCAGCCCUCGACGAAGCUGCCGAGCUCGUCUGGCGACACCAGAAUGGGGUGAAGCCCCCACAGCCAGGUGCUCCUUAUGCCUACAAGUCUCACCUGCGCCAGAACAGCUAUGCCCAUGCUCGAGCCGCUAGUGCCGGCCGAUACGGUACAGAUAUCGUGGCGACCGGCUUGGCGAGAGAUCGCACCCGCUCAGUCUCAGGCAGUUCAUCCGGAAGCGAUGGCAGAGCGAGCCCCGACAACAGCCGGGGCAGCUUAGAGCAUUCUCGCGAUACAGCCGACGAACACUCCAGCUCCAAAUCUUACGGUGCUCUGGAAAGGACAGGACGACGCACAUCGAGCCAGCGCCGUCGCAGUAGCCUCAAGCGUAAUAUUAGUGGGGAGAUCCAGAAACCGUUCUCCGGAGACCAGAUUUGGGAAGAGCCCGAGAGUAACACCUACGAAAAAGACCAAUCACGGGGAGUCCUCGCGUCUGAGGAUCCUCUGAAACCAAACCAGGGUAAUGCCACUACCGCUGCUCCCACCGCCAUAAAAGCCGCUGUCGCCCCAACACGGGCCACGACAGCCCCGCCCUCAGCUUUCAAGCUGUGGUCGAGAAGGGAGAUACACAAGAACCCCCCCUCCCAGUCGCGCAAUGCGGGAUACACGACCAACAGCCCAUUCGACCGUCGCAAUAAGCAGGUCACGGAUGAGGUUCCCAAGAAAAAUGGAAUUGAGAUCCGUGGCGACGACAUCCGACAGGCCACCACCAUGCGUCUACAGGAUCGGAGUGCCAAACUUCCGACGCCGUCUGCGGUCAGCGAUAGUCCCGGACGCCCCAUCGUAAGCUUUGACAAGAACUGGAAGGCCCCAGAGCAGGGUACUGAUUCGAGGCCAGAAGUCGCCGUGCCCGUCCCUGUCGAGCUCGGACCGAAAACGCAGGGGCCGCAGUCACAGCCGACCGUCCCUACUAUCACGACUACACCGCACAUUGAUGCUCUGCCGACCCCGCAAAAGCAGUCGGCCAUCUCAUCUCCCAUCCCAAGUAUUCGCAUAGAAGCCAACCCUAAGUCUUCUAUUCCAGCCAUCAUAGUGGGCGAUACCUCUCCACCGGUUCCCACAAUCGUGUUGCCAGGAGAUGAGAGCUUUGGUACCGACCAGACACUUGAUAAGAACCCAACCAUUCCUAUCAUUGUCACGCCCGACGAUGACAACGGUACCAAUAACGGCUCGCGUGACGUCCACGUCAGCAUGGCAGCACCAAAGGGUUCCGCGAGGCCGCUGCCAACGCCGACCAGGCGCACCGGACCAAGUCAGCAGACACACAGUUGGGACGAUCGAAGAAGGAGCCAUUGGUCGCCGGCGCCGAACGCCACUGCUAGGGUGACUGCCUUAUGCCACGAAUGUCAGCUGCCCAUCGAGGGCAAGGUCGUAGCUCUAGGCGGUUCGCAAGAGCGUUUCCACCCUCAGUGCUUCCGUUGCCAUACAUGCGGCACGCGGCUUGAAGCCCUUGAGAUUAGUCCGGAACCCGACAAUUUCCGUGCCGAACGUCUUGAUCGUAUUCGGCGGAGGGCAGCCGGUGAGCUCCUUGAUGAGACCCCUGGCCAGACCAUGGGUGAGGAUGGAGACGAGCGUCUCCGCUUCUUCUGUCAUCUUGACUGGCAUGAACACUUCGCACCCCGCUGCAAGCACUGCAAAACGUCCAUUCUCGGGGAGCACAUUGUUGCGCUUGGGGCACACUGGCAUUACGGUCACUUUUUCUGUGCCGAGUGCGGGGAUCCUUUUAAGCAGGGCAUGACACACAUCGAAAAGGACGGCUACGCAUGGUGCGUGAAUUGCCAAACCAAGCGGACGGAGCGGCGCGCGCCGAAGUGCCGCAACUGCAAAAAGGCAGUUAUCGGUCAGUACAUCCAGGCACUCGGGGGGGAGUGGCACGACGAGUGUUUCCGGUGCGCCACGUGCCAUGGCGGCUUUGAUGACGGGCAGAUUUUCCCAGUGUCGCGUGGCGGCGAAAACAUCGUGUUGUGCACAAUGUGCCGCGCAAGCGAGCUCAAGAUGUAG